AUGAGGCCCAGCCCGAAGACCGUGGCAGAGGUGGAGGCCGAAAUGGCGAAGGCGAUGCAUAGGGAUGCUGUCCAUUGCCCGCAAGCAGUGUGCUGCCAGGGCAAGGGCAAGAUUGAAAGGGUGAAGCGAAGCCCAGACUCCGGAGCCAAACAGCCCAUCGAAACGAAGGGCGAGAUUUGCCAGGCCUGGCCCAGAGUCAAAUUCAGUGGUAGUGUGAGCCUAUGGGCUGCGAAGGUGCACAAGCACAGCAGCAUGGGCUGUGCCGUGGUGUCCAUGCAGUCCGCCAGCAUGCGGGAGGCCAUCAUGAACUUCGCUGAGCAGAGGUUUGGCCGCAACGCUGCGGGCCGUGUCCAGAUGGACAUCGGCGACGUCAAAGUGCAGCUGAAGCGGCACACAGACAAGCAGACGAAGCGAGAGGUCGUCACAGAUAUCUUUGUUGCUUGGGGCCACCAGCAAGAAAAGGACUCCCCGCUUACGGUGGAGGACAUCGCAGAGCGCUUCGACCAGCUCUACCAGGAGGCUUUGAAGUCGCCUGCAGCAGAGACUCCGGCUUCCCAGGCGCCUGCCUCAGCUCCGCUUACAGCGCAGCUCGGGCAGGCGCACCCGCUUCUGGGUCCUGGCAUGCGAGUUCCUCCUCCGCCGCCCCAGAUCCCGGGGAUGCCGCAGGUGCCGCCUCACGCACAUGCGGUUCCACAGGCGCCGCACGCACAUGCUCCGCAUGCUCCGCCGCCGGGGAACCCGUACUACAAUGCGAUGUGCAACAUGAUGAGCAAUCCUGCAGUGAACCCGUAUCUGCAUCAGCAGUUCAUGGCCCAGCAGGCAGCCUAUGCCGCGUACCAACAGCAGCUUCAGCAGGCCGCACAGCAUCAGCAGCUGAUGCAAAUGUAUGGAGAUCCGAAGGGUGGCAAGUUCGGCAAGGGUAAGGCUGCGGGUAAGGAUGGCAAGGGCAAGGACGGCAAGGAGGGCAAGGAGGGCAAGGGGAAGGAUCCCAUGGCCGAAGGGGCGCCUGCCUACGCUGCAGUCCCUGCUGCCGCUGCCCCGGCCGUGCCUGAGCAGGCACCCGAGGUUGCUCCAGCGCCAGCGGAAGCUCCGGUGGCAGCCGCGCCGGCUGCGGCCGCUGAAUCGGCUGACAGCGCGGCUCCGGCCGAUCCGGCUUCUGUUCCCGCCACUGUGCCGGACUUUACCCCUGCGAAGCCGCGGCUCCUGCAGAUCGUGGAUCCAAACAGUGGGAAGCCCAUCGACACCAUGGGCAUGAACUUCGUCCCGCGGAAGCCAUCCACACCGCUGCAGAUCACCAACCCAAACACCGGGGAGGCUGUGGCUAUCGAGACCAAGGGCUGA